CUCCUCCCCCACGCCCCCUUCCUCUCGCCUUCCUCCUUGACGCCGCCGCCGCCCGCUGCGUGGGUCGCGGUCGCUCACUCCUCUUAAAGCGCGGCCUCGCCCAAACCCUACCUUGGAAACCCUUUCACGCCACGGGCCCCCCCAAUUCCGCCUCUCGCGAUGUCGCUCGAGAUCCACGAGGAGGAUGGUGGCGCGUCUGGUGCUCGCCCCGCGAAGGUGAUGUCUGUUUCGGGGAGCGGGAAGCGGGGGCGGUACGUGCGGCAGGUGACGGGGCGGCACAACGACACCGACCUCCACGUGGCGGCGCGGGGCGGGGACGCCGCGGCACUGCGGCGGGCGCUGCGCGAGGCCGCGGCGGCCGUGGCGACGGAGGAGGGGCCGGAGGAGCUCGAGGCGGCGCGGCGCGCGGUGGCCGCGGAGCCGAACGAGGCCGGGGAGACGCCGCUCGUCGCCGCGGCGGAGAGGGGGCACCUCGAGGUGGUGGUGGAGCUGCUCCGGCACCUGGACGCCGAGGGGCUGGCGGCAAAGAAUAGGUCGGGUUACGACGCGCUGCACGUCGCGGCGAGGGAAGGGCGUCGUGCUGUUGUGCAGGAAAUGUUACUUCAUGACAGGAUGCUUGCCAAGACAUUUGGUCCUGGAAAUACUACCCCGCUUAUAUCAGCAGCUAUGAGGGGCCAUAUCGAAGUUGUUGAACUGUUGUUGGAACAAGAUGACUUUGGAUUGGUGGAAAUGGCCAGAGACAAUGGAAAAAAUGCCUUACAUUUCGCUGCUCGACAGGGACAUGUUGGAAUUGUCAAAGCAUUACUUGAGAAAGAUCCUCAGCUAGCAAGAAGAAAUGACAAGAAAGGUCAAACUGCUCUUCAUAUGGCCGUAAAGGGAACAAGCUGUGAUGUUCUUAGAGCCUUAGUGGAUGCUGAUCCAGCAAUUGUAAUGCUGCCAGAUAAAAAUGGGAACACGGCUUUGCAUGUCGCAACAAGAAAAAAGCGAGCAGAGAUAGUUAGUGUUCUUUUGCGGCUACCAGAUACCCAUGUCAAUGCACUGACCAGAGACCACAAGACUGCAUAUGAUAUAGCUGAAGGGUUGCCGGUAUGUGAAGAGUCUUGCGAAAUUAAGGAUAUUUUAACUCAGCAUGGUGCACUCAGAUCUAGGGAGCUGAAUCAGCCUCGAGAUGAGCUGCGGAAGACAGUGACAGAGAUAAAGAAAGAUGUCCACACACAACUGGAGCAAACGAGAAAAACCAACAAAAAUGUUCAUGGCAUUGCUAAAGAACUCAGGAAGUUGCACAGAGAAGGCAUCAACAAUGCUACCAACUCUGUAACUGUUGUUGCUGUGCUGUUUGCAACAGUUGCUUUUGCAGCUAUAUUCACAGUACCUGGUGGAAAUGCCGACAAUGGACUUGCAGUUGUUGUUCAGGCUACCUCCUUUAAGAUUUUCUUCAUCUUCAAUGCUGUAGCUCUAUUUACAUCAUUGGCGGUAGUCGUAGUUCAAAUAACAGUUGUCAGGGGAGAAACCACGUCUGAACGAAGGGUUGUUGAGGUGAUCAACAAGCUUAUGUGGAUAGCCUCAGUUUGCACUACGAUUUCUUUCAUUGCCUCCUGCUAUAUUGUGCUAGGCCGCCACUUCCAGUGGGCAGCAAUACUGGUAUCUCUGAUAGGUGGUGUCACAAUGGCUGGUGUACUUGGUACAAUGACAUACUAUGUGGUGAAAUCAAAACGUAUACGGAAGAUUAGAAAAAAGGAGAAGAUGUCAAGAAGAAGUGGCUCAAGCUCCUGGUAUGACAAUACUGAGCUCUCAGAUACUGAACUGAACCCAGUAUAUGCCUUGUAAAGAGAAAGGGUGUCUAGACUUUGUCUGUCUCCAGGUUCGAGUAUGUACUCACUAACAGAUACAGUAGCUUACAUCAUUUGUUGAUUGUACAAUUUCUUUUGUAACAAAAAAUACCACACAGAACUUGCCAUUGUGCGAGGCUCCUGCAAUUGAAGAAUUUGAUGGCACCAAAUGUGCUCAAUCUA